GGGGUGCUGCUGCUGCUCGCCGCGUUCAGCAGCAGCGGCGGCGGCGUCGUCGUCUCCCUCUCGGUGCGGGCGCCUCUCCGCACGUCUCAUCCCAGCCCCGAGCCGCCCCCCACCGCCGCCUCCCCCGAGGAGCGGCGUGAGGAUUCGGCGGGGGCACGUUUAUUCUUCCCGUUAACAACAACGACGACGGCAGCAGCAGCAGCGGCGGCAGCAGAAGAAGAAGCAGCGCAGGGAUUGCGCAUAAAUACUGCGUGCCGGAGCCGGGGCUCGAGGGCUCGUUGCGGAUUGUGUAUAUUCUUUAUUUAUUGAGUCGUUGUAUGUUUUUAAUGAAAUAGAUCGACGUGGCUCAGUGUGUGUCGGCGAGCCUGCUGCUGAGCGUGCUGGUGAGUCUGUGGGUAUCGACAGGACCCGGCGGCCGGCGCGCGCGUGCGCGCGCACCGCGCACGCCCAUGUGAUCCCCAAGGUUGAUGAUGAUGAUGAUGCCUAUGAUGAUGAUAACGACGACGAUGAAGACCGGGAUGACGCUGAUGAUGAUGACGACGCCUGUGCAGACGCUGACAACCGCGAUCCCACCAUCAACAACAACAGCAGCGGCGGCGGCAUCGACAGCGUAAAAAAAAACAACCGCACCGAGACUCGGGCGACCAUGACCGCGCAGCGGGCGUGAGCGGCUCCGCAUGCAUGCGGCGCUCGGCCGGGCAGGCAUGGAGCAGCAGCAGCAGCAGCAGCCGCAGCAGCAGCAGCAGCAGCAGCCUCCGCAGCAGCAGCAGCAGGCGACAGGCAGCAGUGGUAGCAGGGAGUGCAGUGGCGGUCAUGAGGACGUGCGCAAAUGCGGCUAUCUGCGCAAGCACAAGAGCUCGCACCGCCGCUUCUUCGUGCUGCGCGGAGCCAGCGACGCGGGCGGCCCGGCCCGGCUCGAGUACUACGACAGCGAGAAGAAGUUCCGCGGCGGCGCGGCGCCCCCGCGGCGCUCGGUCAGCCUCGCCGCCUGCCUCGGCAUCAUCCGCCGCGCCGACGCCAAGCACAAGCACCUGCUCACGCUCUACGCCAAGGACGAGUGCCUGGCCAUGGCCGCCGACAGCGAGGAGCAGCAGGCCGAGUGGUACGCGGCGCUCACCGAGCUGCACGACGAAUGCUGCAGGGCGCCGCACGGAGCAGCAGCGGCGGGGGGAGGAGGAGGAGGAGGAUGCGGCGCGGCGGCCGGUGGAGGAGGAGCAGGAGGAGGGAUUUUCGGCGCGGCCAGCGAUGCGGGCGGAGGAGGCGGCGGCGGCGGCGACAGCGGCGAAGACGCCGGGCCCGCGGGGUGCGCGGGCGGCAGCUACGGAACGAUGCCGGCCACCCCCGUGUUCAAGGAGGUGUGGCAGGUGAACCUCAAGCCCAAGGGGCUGGGGCAGACGAGGAACCUGACGGGCGUGUUCCGCCUCUGCCUGGGCACGCGAACCAUCAGCUUCGUGAAGCUCAACGCGGACGCGGCGGCCGUGAACCUGCAGCUCAUGAACAUCCGACGGUGCGGCCACUCGGAGAGCUUCUUCUUCAUCGAGGUGGGCCGCUCGGCCGUCACGGGGCCCGGGGAGUUCUGGAUGCAGGUGGAGGACUGCGUGGUGGCGCAGAACAUGCACGAGACCAUCCUGGAGGCGAUGCGUGCCAUGAGCGAGGAGUUCCGACCUCGGAGCAAGAGCCAGACGAGCGGCGGCGCGGGCGGCGCGGCCGGCGCUGCCGGAGGAGGCCCCCACCGGCGCCAGCAGCGCUACCAACCCCCGCCGAGCCAGACGGGCCUCAACCGGCGCUCGCGGGCCGAGAGCGUGGCCGGAGCGUCCCCCGUGAGCGGCGGCGGCGGCGGCGGCGUCACCCCGCAGGGGAGCGGCUUCUGCGCCUCGCAGCUGCGGAACCGCGCGAGCAGCGAGGGGGACGGAGCUCCGGGCGCGCCGCGCUCCGAGUCUGCGGACGCCAUCUCGGCGCGCCUCCUCCUCCUGCAGGGGGAGGACGCCGAGGGCCGGCUGCAGUCCUCUCAGCUGGUGUGCGCGGGGCGCCGGCAGCAGCAGCACCACCAGCACCACCAGCAGCAGCAGCAUGGGCAGGUAAUCGCAUCGUACCAGCGGCAUCAGUCUCGCAUGCAGCAGCAGCAAGGACAUCUCCACCACCACCAGCAGCAGCAGCAGCUGCACCACGCGGCGGCCACGCUGCUGCCUGGGCGCUCCGUGUCGGCGCCCAUCGCGCGAUCCCCCCCCGCGGGUGGCUGCUCCCCCUCGUCCCUGCUGCUCUUCUCGGCAUCGUCUCUCAUCACGAGCCCCGUGAGCGUCUCCUCCAGCAGCGGCCGCGGCUCCGUGGACGCCCCCUGCUGCGUGGGCAGCCUGGGCAGCACGGGGGGCGGCGGGGCCGGCGGCGGCGGCGUCGGCGGCGCGGCCGGACACGCGGCAGUCGGCGCGGGAAGCUGCGGGGCCGCGGCGCUGGCCCGCGGCUCUCGCCCCUCGAGCGCCUCCAUGUCGCUCGGCUCCCUGAGCGACGGGGGCUUCGUGUCCUCGGACGAGUACGGCUCCAGCCCCUGCGAGCCGCGGGGGUCCGCGACCCCCGACUCGCCCAGCCCGACCCCGUGCGCCAUCCGCGAGGAGGAGGAGGAGGCGGCCGCGGCGGCCGCGGCGGCGGCGGCGAGGGGAGGCCCCUACGCCUACAUGCAGAUGGGCCGCGCUCGCGUCUACAGGGCCGCGCCCCGCGGGCAGGACGCCCCGGACGCAGCCACCACCUCGUCCACCGCCUCGUCCACCUCCCCCGGUUUCCCCCCAGCCUCGUCUUCGUCGCAAUCGUCGGCGGCGGCCGCGGUUGCGGCGGCCCUGGCCUCGGCGGAGAAGGGGGUCGUGCGUAAGCGAACAUACUCGUGCGCGUCGGCGUCCGCGGGGCCCGCGAUGCCACCGGCCGCGCUCGGGCCCUGUCUCCAGCAGCGGGAGCAGGAGAAGACAGCCUCGCAGGAAGAGUAUGCGGUCAUGGGAGCGCUGUCUUACCAACACCACCAUCAGCAUCAUCAGCAGCACCUCCAGCAGCAGCAGCAUCAUCAGCAGCACCUCCAGCAGCAUCAUCAUCAGCAGCAGCAGCACGCGCCGGGCCGUGAGGCCGCUGCGCCUCCUUGUUGCCCGCACACUCGCGACCCGCACCAUGGCGACCACGACGAUGAUUAUGACGAUGACGACGGGGGCGGUGGCGACGAUGAGGAGGACGACGAUGCGGCCGGAGGAGGAGACGUGCAGUCCAGGCUGGUGCAUAGCGGGGAUGACGGCUACAUGCCCAUGCUGCCCGGCGUCACCGCCUCCGUCGCGGGAAGGUGCAGGAGCGGCGGCGAUGCAGACUACGUGCCCAUGGGGGCCACGGGUGCCCGAGAUGGUGACAUAACCGCAGCCGCCGCCACCACCACCUCGGCAGCGGCAAGAGGAUCGCUGAUACAACAUCAGCAGCGGCAGCGGUACCAUCACCACCAUCACCAACAGCAGCAGAAGCAGCCGUGGCAGCGCGGCCAAGACGGCCUCUGCGACGCGCAGCCCCAGGACGCUGCUAGCGGCUACAUGGUGAUGUCACCGGGCGCGGGCGAGGGCCAAGCGGCCGGGUCCAUCAAGACGUGGCCCAGGCCCAGCGUGGCCAGCGGUAGUGGCGGCGGCGUCGUUGGUAGCGGCGUCGGCGUCGGCGUCGGCGCGAAGGCGGCGUGUGAGAGAAGCGUGGAGGCGCGGGCAGGCCCGCCGGGAGCAGGCGACUACAUGAACAUGGCCACGUCACCCGCCAACCCGGCCAUCGUGGCGGACACAGCGGCUGUGCCAGAGGGCUGCUACUUCAGCCCCAUGCGGGAUGGGGAAGGCGCGGGUGGUGCUGGUGGUGGUGACGGUGCUGCUGGCAGCAGCAGCAGCUUCUACUCGUUGCCCCGGUCCUUCCGGCCCGUGGGGCAGCAGAGUAGCAGGCUGGCGGAGAGGGCGGCGGCUACUCGGCCACUCGGGGAGGUCAUCCGGGAGGCGAGGGACGCCGCUCCGACCCCCACGAGCAGGCCCGCCGCGCUCUCCCGGCCCCGCGAGGACGCCUCGAGCAGUGACCCCGGGAGGCAAGGAGGCGCACGCGUGAGCGGGGCCCCGAGGCGGGUCGGGGGAGCGGCGGCGGAGGGGGUCACCACGAGGGACGCACAGGGCCGGUGGCAGGGAGCUCCCCCCGAGCCCAGGAGCCCCGGGGAGUACGUGCACAUCGACUGCGCCGCGGCGGCGAAGGCGGCCUCCCAGCCCGUCUCAUCGUCGUCCGCUUGGCGCCCCCCGCAGCACGCGGCAGGGCCGCAGCAGGGCAAGGCCCCGGACGGUUGCCGCGCAGCGCACCGCGGCCCCCCGUACCUGGCGCUGUCGUCGGGAGGCGCCGCCGCCGCCGCCUCGGCCGCGGCCGCCCAGACACGCGGCGAUCGUCGGAGGAGGAGCGCGAACGAAUACGUGAGUGUGGCGGCGGCGGCGCGUGCCGGGGGGCCACCCGCGUCCGUCCCGGCGGGCCCCCGUCCCGCAGCCCACCCGGGUCCGUGGGACGCCGCCUCGGCUGGGCGCGGCGCCCCCGUGGGGGGGGACUACACGGAGAUGUCGCGCCGCGGGGAGGCGAGCGCGGAGGAGGAGGAGGCGGCGGGGAGGAGGAGGAGAGACGCGACUGGGGGGUACUCGGCCCCCACCGCCUCAUACAGGGCUCCUCACGGCAGCUACAACCUCCAGCAUCACCACCACGGGAACCACAACCACAUCCACCACUAUCAGCUGCUGCAGGAGCAGCAGCAUAAGCCACUCCCUCUCCCACAGCAGCAACAACAUCAACAAUAUCACCAACAGGAGCAUCAUCAUCAGCACCCUCAGCAGCAGCAUCAGUCGCACGCAGGAGUGAGGCCCGGAUAUGCGGCACUGAAACCCUGCGUGCCGCCAAGGAUCGGCUUGGCCUUCCAGCCGUACGCGGCCGGGUCUGGCGCGGUGGUCAUCCCGGCCACGACCGGGGCCACCGCCGCACCACCGCCACCUCCUCCCCCUCCUCCUCCACCAGCGGCGCCGCGCCGGCAGAGCGCGUUCAGCGUGGUGCCACCAGCAGCCGCGCAGCACGGCGCGACGCGGCCCGGGACCGCGGCCACGACGGACGAGGAGGAGCGGCCACGCGGUGGCGUGGCCCGGGUGGCGGUGGCCUCAUCGGCCGCCGCGACCCCGCAACGGCCCGGCGCGGCCGGAGGACACCACGGCGCGGGUCCGGUGCGAGAAGCCGCCGGGUCUCACUCUUUGCAUCAGCAGCAUCAUCAGCAGCAGCAUCAGCAGCAGCAGCUGGAGAGCGGGCUGAACUACAUCGCGCUGGACCUGCGGGGCGAGGAGGGCUCGGCGGGCAGCAGGGGCAGCGUGAGCAGCGUCGACUCAAACGGUUACGCCACCAUCGACUUCUCCCGCUCCGAGAGCGCGGGGUGACGCGGAAAAUGCCGGUGGGACACUCCGAUGAGACGCUCCGGUGGAACACGCCGGUUGGACCCGCCGGUUGGGAACGCUGAUGGGACACGCCCGUGGGACACUCCGGUGGGACACUCUGGUGGGACACUCCGGUGGGACACGCCAAUGGUACAUGCCGUUGGGACACGCUGGGGACAGCCUGGAGGUCGGGCCCACCAAGACGAGGAUGACGAGGACCCCUCAUCCACCGCCUCCACUUGCCGCGUCCCCCUCGUCACUCCCCUCAUCACUCCCCUCGUCACUUUCCUCGUCUCCCAGCUGAAAUCCAGCGGAGUUCUCGUCCCCCUUUACCAGAAGCUCAGGUUUUAGUUUUUGUCCCCUUCUCCGGCACAGUUCGUGUUCAACCAUUUCUCUUGGUCCUGGGAGUAACACCGCUCACAAACGGACGGCGGAAGUGGCAGCCCUCUCUCUUCUCUCUCUCCUCUAUCUCCCCUAUAUAUCUCCCCUCUCUCUCUCUCCUCUAUCUUCUCUCUCCUAUCUCUCUCCGCUAUUUCUCUCUCCACAACUCGAGGCAAAAGUGUUGCCAAAAUUGCCAUGGUGACGUUUUCAUCUUCUGCCACGGCGACUUCUUCUUCUGCCACGAUGACUUCUUCAUCUUCUGCCAUGGUGACUUCUUCUUAUUCUGACACGGUGACAACUUCUUCCAUGGUGACUUCUUCAUCUUCUGCCACAAUGACUUCUUCUUCUCCGUCUGCCGCGGUGACUUCUUCUACCAUUAUGGUGACUUCUUCUGCCAUCAUGGUGACUUCUUCUGCCAUCAUGGUGACUUCUUCUGCCAUCAUGGUGACUUCUUCUGCCAUCAUGGUGACUUCUUCUGCCAUCAUGGUGACUUCUUCUGCCAUCAUGGUGACUUCUUCUGCCAUCAUGGUGACUUCUUCUGCCAUCAUGGUGACUUCUGCCAUCAUGGUGACUUCUUCUGCCAUCAUGGUGACUUCUUCUGCCAUGGUGACUUCUUCUGCCAUCAUGGUGACUUCUUCUGCCAUCAUGGUGACUUCUUCUGCCAUCAUGGUGACUUCUUCUGCCAUGGUGACUUCUUCUGCCAUCAUGGUGACUUCUUCUGCCAUCAUGGUGACUUCUUCUGCCAUCAUGGUGACUUCUUCUCCGUCUGCCACCAUGGCGUUCCACGACUCUCGCGUUUCAUCGACGGUGGAUUUCAGGUGCCGUCACGUCGCCGUUUUGUCUCCGGCGCAGACGGCCUCACGUCGUGUCCAACGCCCCCAUGUCCACCCCCCUUACACGUUGGUGUAGACGAAGCGGACCCUCGCAGACACAGUCGCAGCCGCGUGGUUGUUGUUGUUGUCGCUGUUGUUAUUAUGAUUGUUGUUGUUACCAUGUUGUUGUUGUUGUUGUUUAAGCGGAGGGUACGGUGUCCAUGUGAGCGUUGAACACCCUCACGCGUAUGGUCGCACGGCCCCGCGGGGAGCGGUCGCCUUGCGGUGCGGUCCCCUCACUCACACACACUCUCCCUGACACUCUCUCACUCACACACACUCACACACUCUCUCCCUGACACUCUCCCUGACACUCUCCCUGACACUCUCUCACACUCACACACUCUCUCACUCACACUCACACACACUCUCCCUGACACUCUCUCCCUGACACUCUCCCUGACACUCUCUCACACUCACACACUCUCUCACUCACACUCACACACACUCUCCCUGACACUCUCUCACACUCACACACUCUCCCUGACACUCUCUCUGACACUCUCUCACUCACACACACUCUCCCUGACACUCUCCCACACUCACACACUCUCCCUGACACUCUCUCACACUCUCUCACUGACACUCUCCCUGACACUCUCCCUGACACUCUCUCACUCACACACACUCACACACCCUCUCCCUGACACUCUCCCUGACACUCUCUCACACUCACACACUCUCUCACUCACACUCACACACACUCUCCCUGACACUCUCUCACACUCACACACUCUCUCACACUCACACACUCUCCCUGACACUCUCUCUGACACUCUCUCACUCACACACACUUUCCCUGACACUCUCCCACACUCACACACUCUCCCUGACACUCUCUCACACUCUCUCCCUGACACUCUCCCUGACACUCUCUCACACUCACACACUCUCCCUGACACUCUCUCCCUGACACUCUCCCACACUCACACACUCUCCCUGACACUCUCCCACACUCACACACUCUCCCUGACACUCUCUCACACUCUCUCACUGACACUCUCCCUGACACUCUCCCUGACACUCUCUCAUACUCACACACACUCUCCCUGACACUCUCCCUGACACUCUCUCACACUCACACACUCUCCCUGACACUCUCUCACACUCACACACACUCUCCCUGACACUCUCCCUGACACUCUCUCACACUCACACACUCUCCCUGACACUCUCUCCCUGACACUCUCCCACACUCACACACUCUCCCUGACACUCUCUCACACUCUCUCCCUGACACUCUCCCUGACACUCUCUCACACUCACACACACUCUCCCUGACACUCUCCCUGACACUCUCUCACACUCACACACUCUCCCUGACACUCUCUCCCUGACACUCUCCCAAACUCACACACUCUCCCUGACACUCUCCCACACUCACACACUCUCCCUGACACUCUCUCACACUCUCUCACUGACACUCUCCCUGACACUCUCCCUGACACUCUCUCACACUCACACACACUCUCCCUGACACUCUCUCACACUCACACACUCUCCCUGACACUCUCUCACACUCACACACACUCUCCCUGACACUCUCCCUGACACUCUCUCACACUCACACACUCUCCCUGACACUCUCUCCCUGACACUCUCCCACACUCACACACUCUCCCUGACACUCUCUCACACUAACACACUCUCCCUGAUACUCUCCCAGACACUCUCACACACUCACACUCACACACUCUCCCUGACACUCUCUCACACUCACACACUCUCCCUGACACUCUCCCAGACACUCUCACACACUCACACUCACACACUCUCCCUGACACUCUCUCACACUCACACACUCUCCCUGACACUCUCCCAGACACUCUCACACACUCACACUCACACUCUUCCUGACAAUCUCUCACAUUCUCACACUCACACACUCUUCCUGACACUCUAACACCGCACCUUGUCUACAUAGACUUUCACGGUAAACUCUAACUCGGACACGCCAACACAGACUAUGCUACAUUUUCAGGCAGGCACUGAUGGACUCUCUAACAUGGAUUCUCUAACACGGACUCUCUAAGACGGACUUUGUGACACGGUCUCUUUCUAAACACUGGGGGGUUCCCAUACUUCCGAACUCUGUUACCCAACCAAGCAGACAGAUCGUACUCCGUGAGCGAUACCCAACGAUGCAGUGAAAGACAUUGGUGGGUGUGAUAGAGAGUGUGAUGGACAGUGUGACAGAGAGUGUGAUAGACAGUGUGAUAGAGAGUGUUAUAGACAGUGUGAUAGACAGUGUGAUAGAGAGUGUGAAAGGGUGUGAUAGACAGUGUGAUAGAAUGUUCGGACUCUCAUUGCGGAGGAGAGGCUGCUACACCUCUGUCGGGAGAUGGAUUGGUACCACUUGGACCUCUGUGGAAUCCAGGAAGUCCAGUGGACCGGUUUUGGCUCCAGUCAUCAUGAGGGCUGGACAGUUCUCCACUCGGGCAAGAAACUGCCAAACAACAGGGAGUAUGACUUCUGUUGAACAAAUAAUGAAGGGGCUGUGGGAGUGUUGGGGUGAGGUGUGGGAAGCUGUUUAUGCCAGACUACUGUGGACUCACCUCCCCAUCAACAAGAGGCAAGGAAUAGUGGUAGUUGCUUAUUCCCCUAAUGAAGAUGAACAUCAAUGGAGGGAUGCAGACAAAGCCGAUGAGUCAGACGCCUUCUAUACCCUCCUGUCCCAGGUACUAGCUAAUGUGGCACCUUGGAAUAAAAUAUUGCUUUUGGGUGAUCACUCCUAUCCAGGUGACACCUGGGUUGGAGCGAUCGGAAGGCAUGGGCCAGAUCAGCUCAAUAAAAAAAGUAGGAGGCUGUGAAGCCCAUGGGAUUCUAAUUACCAACACACUGUUCCGGCAUUGGUGCAUCUACACAACAUCAUGGAUGCAUGCCAUGUCCAAGAAAGAACAUCUGCUGGACUAUAUAUUUACGGACCAGCGGAUGCGGGCCUAUGUUCUCGACACCAGGGCCUACCAUGGAGUGGAUUUUCCCACUGACCAUCAGCUUGUCAUCUGUAAGAUGCAAAUGCCAUUAUUCCACUCCAGUACUGGGUGUCCAUCUAGGACCCAUAUUCUUAGGUUUUUUUUCCGGUAAAGUCACGUAGGUAAAAACAUUAAAAAGUAAAAUAAAAUAAAAAUCACGACGUUUCGGAGGCAACACAAGCUUCCGUCUUCAGGUGGUACCGUCACAGCCACGACAGCUGUAUCAAGUAAAUGAGAGAUUGCAGAAGCUACCACUCCGUUUAUAUAAUGGUUGGAGAAGGUGGUGGGGCAAGGGCCACAUACUUUUAUUAAUAUGGUAAGGUGAGGCUUAAGACUAAGAAUAGACUGCAUAACAAAGGCUGAGCCUUUGUUAUGGAGAGAUGCGGUUUGUGACUCAACCUGUAACAGGGAGACCACCUGUUACAGGUUGAGUCACAAGCCGCACCUCUCCAUAGUUGCAAGCAGGAAUAUCAACAUCGCUUGCAGCUGUGUUUGGCAUCUUCCCUAUUUCUGAUGCUGAGGGGAAAUAGGUGAAGUUCAGGACUGUGGCUCAUGCUGAUGGAAUGGCUGCAUUGGGUAUGUGGUCCAGACCUCCCCAGAAACCAUGGCGGAAGUAGGAGGUGUUCUGGCUGGUUGAAAGGAAACGACAGGCCCACUCCCGUCGUCUACAACAUCCAACAUUGCAGAAUGAGGAAGCUUACUGCAGCCUUGGAGAGUCGGAGAGCGUGCGGUGCUGCCAGGAUGAGUGGUGGGCGCGGGUUGCUGAGGAGAUGGAAUCUGCCUCAGUAGCCCACAAUCACACAUGACUAUUUAAUUCCAUCAAAACAGUUACUUGCAGCACUUCUCCUAUCACCAUCCUUAAGGGAACGAAUGGUGAUUCUAUCUCCGACUCCCAGGAACAGAGGAACGGGUUUGCAGAGCAUUCCUGUGAGGUCUUGGGGGAGGGAAAUUCCCUCAGCCCAGACAACAUCAUGAAGCUACUUCUGCCAAAUAUUGCUAGAAGUAGCCACCCCUUCUGAGUGGUUGGCUGAGGUGCCAUCUGUUAGGUAAGUAUGAGGGGAAAUCCAGAGUCUGAGACCAGGAAAGUGCCAGGCAGAGGCGAUUUCCCAAGCGAAAAGCUGAGGGAGGGUGGCAUCUAUGUGCAGACUGCCCUAUAUGACAUCAUCACAACUGUCUGGACCACAGCAUGGGUUCCACAGGAUUGGAAGGAUGCCCUGGUUAUCCCCUUUUUAACAGGGGGACUGCACAGAUUUUAAGGACUACAGGGGCAUCUCUAUUCUCUGUGUGCCUGGAAACGUGAUGGGAAGGAUUAUUUAACAUCGCCUUGCCAGGCGCGCUGAGGAGAGUCUUGCUGACCCCAAAUUUGGUUUCAGACCAGGGUGACAUGGCACUCAUUCCAUAUUCUCUCUGUUUGCUACUGCAGAGGUGUAGGGAAUUCCAAAAAGACCUACAUCUCUACUUUAUUAAUCUGGUCAAGGCCUAUGAUGCCAUCAACAUACCAGGGCUCUAGGCUGUUCAUCGUGAGUCCCUAACUCUCUGCUCACAAUCCUUAAGGGCCUGCAUGAUGGUUGGCAGGCCCGGGUACAGCUACAUGGCCAGGAAUCAGAGCUAUUCCCUGUUCACCUUGGGUUGCGACAAGGGAUGUCAACUGGCUCCCACAUUAUUUAACAUCAUCUUUGACCACGUUAUUCGAGAAGCGUUCCAUGGCUGUACCAGAGGAAUUUCUAUCCGGUACAGAUACAAUGGAAGGUGAAUUGAUGACUUGGUGUGGUCGAGGGAUGGCUCCAUAUUGGUCAACCAUGUUCCAUAUGCUGAUGAUGUGGUGAUUGCUGCUCACUCAAAGGAGGAGUUGAAGGUACUACUGCUGAAGCUGGAGUGUGCCACUAAGUGGUGGAGUCUGACCAUCAGCUCACCUGUCUGGGUAUGUUAUGCUACCUCCCCAGCUCCCCAUUGGUGAUGGAGCAGUUCUGGAGAGAGUGGAGAGUUCCCAUACCUGGGCAAUGUGCUCAUGACCAGCUCCGAUUUGACAGCAGAGGUCUUACUCCAAAUCAUCCGGGCGGCAUUAUCUUCUCAUCGGCUGUGUAAUGCUGUGCGGACUCUACCUGGUAUAUGUCACUCCACUCGAAGCUGUGGGUCUUCUCGGCCAGUCAUUCCCUCCCUUCUUUAUUCUUGUGAAAGGUGUACCCCUCUAAUGGAACAUCUGCGCCGGUUAGAAACAUUCAGGCUGACAUGCCUACGAUCCAUACUGGGUUUAACCAGGCUGGAUUGUGUGAGGAGCUCACAAAUCCUUGAAAUAUCUGGACACGUUCCCAUCACUAAGCUCCUCAGGCAGGCAAGGUUGUGUUGGCUGAGUAAUGUAGCCCGCAUGCCCAGUCACUGCAUGCCCAAGCAGAUUCUGUUUGGUUGGAUAGAUGGGGCUAAACGGGCAUGACAUGGGCUGGAGAAGAGAUGGACUGAUGCGGUACGAGAGAAUGUGGAGCUAAGUGGACUUCCUACUGACUAGUACCAGCGGUGUCAAGAUUCUGCCUCUAUGAAGGAGGCUGGUGAAAGAUGCUUCUGGAGGCAGUUGCCCUCCAGCAACAAUGGAGGGCAGACGAGAGACGCUCCAAACAACAACAAGAGCACCGGGCAGCUAAAGUGCAGCACAUUGGCACAGUCGGGGGUACAGCUGGUGCAUGUACCAGUCAUCUCAGUCAGCCAACCCAUGGCACCUGGGUUUGUCCCAGGAACUCCUAUCAGCGAGCCUUCUACAAUUCACGUGGCCUCAAAGUGCACCUGGCCUGGCACAGGUACCGUGGUGACGUCACCAUCACUUUGUGGCAAAUGGCGGGUAUUGGUAUUGAUAGAGACUGUGUUAGAGAGCGUGUUAGAGUGUGCUAGAGAGUGUGUGAUAGAGAGUGUAAUAGAGAGUGAUAGCGAGUGUGUGAUAGAGAGUGAUAGAGUUGUGAGUUUUAAACCAAUUUUAUUGCUGCCAGCAGAAAAAGCACUGGAGCCGAUUUCGAUACAAUGUCACAUCGAGCACAGCAUCACGUGUGUGCGUCACAUACACAACCUGCGGCAUGUGGCGCUUGCACGUGCCACACGCAACACAAACACCACGUCGUUACGCUACGCCAUGCGCGACGAAUACCCUCGUUAAAAAGUGAAGUUCAGAAUGCCGUUUGCGCUGGUGCAGAGGGCUUCACCCCCCCCCCCCCCCCCCACUGUGCAAAAAACAUGCGCGCGUCACCGGCUUUGGAGCAGAGCGUGAGCUCGAGCUGGAGCCGUGCCUUGAGCAGGGCCGUCGACAUUGCCGCCACCGCAGAGCAGCCGUCAGUGUCGCCUUGUGACAUCUUUUUCCUGGUCUUGUAAAAUUGCCAUCUUUGCUUGGGCACAGACGGAGUUUGCAAGAGAGUGAUAGAGAGAGUGAUAUAAAGAGUGAUAGAGAUUGUGUGAUAGAGAGUGAUAGAGACCAUUAUAGAGAGAGUGAUAGAGAUUAUGUGAUAGAGAUUAUGUGAUAGAGAUUAUGUGAUAGAGAGUGAUAGACUUUUGACUUUGAAACCACUUUUAUUGCCACCAGCAGCAACAGCACUGGAAACAAUUUCGAUACGAAACACAAAGUCAGCAGCAAAAAAAUAACCAAACAAUAAAAUAAACACGCGCUGUGGCACGUGGCACUAGACGUGCCACACACAACACAAAACAACUCCACGUGGUCGUCGUUGCGCACGCCACACCCGACGACCGAGCACGUUAGAAGGUGAAAAGGAGAGUGCCGUUCACGCCAGUGCAGAGGGCUUUUCCUGCUCCCGAGCAUUCGAAGAAGAUGCGCACGUCACCAGCAUGUGAGUGGUACGCCUGCUCCAGCCAGAGCCGCACCUUGAGCAGGCCCCUCAACACUGGCACCACAGAGCAGUCGUCAGUGUCGCCUUGCAGCAUCUUCUUUCUUGUCUUGUACACCGCCAUCUUCGCUUGGGCGUAGACGAAUUUGUCGAGGUCAUGGAACUUGUUAGCCAAGUAAUAUACGAAGCUACUGUUGUAGAAGGGCACCCCCAGUUUCCUGUAAAUGGUCUCCAAAAGCUGUAACAUUGGGUUGAGCCGCUGGCAGCGUAAGUACCGGUGGGGCAGAACCUCCCUGGCACCGCAGAAAGUGCACAAUUCUGGUACCCUCGGCGAGAUUCGGCUGAGCCACAUGGCCGAUGGCCACGUGACUUGUACAUUUGUUUCUACUGGGGGGUGGCCACAAUGAGGGGAGAUACAUUAUUUCUCCAUUUUGUGUCCGGUAGGUUGGGCAGGUCCCAGGAAUGCAGCACCUUGACACAGCACGUGUAGAGUGCUUUCUUUGGGGCACUCUUAAUGGGCAUGUUCAAGCAGCCUCGGAGCUUCAGUAGCUUCCCAGAGUCGCUGUGGCCAGGGAGGAGGAGGGGGGAGGGAGGGCCGCUACUGUCCCUCGCCACCUCCAGGCGCAGCUCCUGCAUGGCGAGCAGCACGUCCCACAGCAGCUUCUCCCCGGCGAGCGUGGAGUGGAGUCCCGCGGUGCUGGCGAUCUCAUCUGCGGUCUUUCACUUGCGCUGGUGGGCCUGCACGAGGUCGAAGACUGUCCGCAGCCCUACUGAUGUGAAGCGUAGAGCCAGGGUCCUCUCUCCUCUGAUCCACUGGAAGAGGCCAUUGCAGAACAAGGGCUCGUUCAGGAAAUGUGCCGAGGUCGUAGUGCGCGCGCGUUCUGCUCCACUCGAAGUUCUGCCACGCGUCAAAAAAGUUCUGGUAAUGACCUGGCAGCCUCGUGUAGUCGACCAGGCUCAGGUCCAACAGGAAGAGCUCCUUUGCGUACCCCAGGUAUCCUCCUGCGUUUCUCAGCAGGGUGAGGGACCGGCGACUUCCAGGGUAGCUCCUCCCGGUCGUACAGCAGCCGCUUCAAGGCCAUGAGCCUGAAGCUCAUGACCCUGGAGCUCAUGACCCUGGUGGUGACGUCCACCAGACGCUGCUCCACCCUCACCCACUGGGAGGCAGAGAACCCCCGGCCUGAGCCAGUGCUUCCUGUGCCAGAUGAAGUGCACGAGUGAGCGGUUCACUCUGGUGAGUAGACAGGCAGGAGACUGGAGGGCAUUGGUCUUGUGCCACAGCACAGAUGCUGCCAGGUUGUUAGCAACGAGCACUCGGGCCCUAAAGGACAUCUGCGGAGCGAGGCGUGCCCAUGUCAGUAAUUAAACCUCGAUUAUGUCGGCCAGCUCAGUCCAGUUGUUCAGAGCGACGUGUGGUUUCCCCAGGUAGACCCCUAGGUACUUGACUCCGUCGGCCUGCCAACUGAUUCCUCCUGGGAGGAGCACAGCGUACGCCGCAUUGCGACUCCAAACACAGAGCCUCGCAUUUGGCCCAGUUGAUCCUGGCGGAUGAGACCUUCUCAUACACUGCAGCUGCCUGGCAGAGUGCGGAGACGUCGUUGAGCACGACACAUGUCGUCUGCGUAGGCUGAGAGCCUGACAACCGCGUUCUCAGGUCCCGGGACCUUGAGGCCAGACAGAUUUUGUCUCAGGUGGCGUAGGAGUGGCUCAAUGGACAAGGUGUACGGCAGCCCCGAGAGGGGGCAUCCCUGUCUGACACCCCUCAUUACAGGGAAAGGGGCGCCGACUCACUGGUGUAUCUUCAUGAGGCUGAAUGUGCCCGUGUACAGGAGCCUAACGUUCGAGAUGAAGGCCUGGCCGAAGCCGAGCAACGUUAGGAGUUUAUCUAGGUAAGAGAGUGAUCGAGAGAGUGGCAGAGAUUGUGUGAUAUAGAGUGACAGAGAGAGUUAUUGAGAUUGUAUGAUAGAGAGUGAUAGAGAGUGUUAUGGGGAGCGGUAGUGUAACGGGUUUGCGUUGCUCUACGAACCCAGCAACCGGAGUUCGAUUCCCACUCACGGCCAACACCAGUGGCGAUUAUCUGAACCGGUCCUCGGCCUCCGCCAGGUCGACUCAGACUCAAAAGAGUACCUGGUGCAGUGUGUAAACAUCGCCACUCGGGAGACAAAGGCGGUCGGGCGUGGUGCUGGCCACCCACCCCCUCGUAUACCGUUCCGGCCUUCAUAGGUGCUCGCUAACAGCACUUGCCCCUACAGUCUGUUAAGUCUAGGGGGAGGCCCAAGCCCGGUUCAGAUAAUCAAGAUAAUCAUCGCUGGUGUUGGCCGCGAGCUGGAAUCGAACUCGUGUUUGCCCCCGGGCAUUCGUAGUGUAAGCGUCGCGCUAACCGCUACCCCACCGCUCCCCUCACGCAUCACCACCAGCAGCAGCAGAGCAAGCAGCAGCACCACCACGCACGAACGUCGAGAUGACGUUCAGCUGGGAGACCUCUUGGGCUCGCACGCGGCUGCUGCUGCUGGGGCCGACUGCAUUCUUGUCAUUUAUUGACUUAACCUCAGGUCAGCAACGUUAACUGCGGACGUAACGUAAGGUCUGAGUUAACGUAAAGGUUGAGUUAACGUGAGUGUUGAGUUAACAUAAGGUCUGAGUUAACGUCAGUGUUGAGUUAACGUCAGUGUUGAUUUAACAUAAGGUCUGAGUUAACGUAAGGUCUGAGUUAACGUCAGUGUUGAGUUAACGUCAGUGUUGAGUUAACGUGAGUGUUGAGUUAACGUCAGUGUUGAGUUAACGUGAGGGUUGAGUUAACGUCAGGGUUGAGUUAACAUAAGGGUUGAGUUGACAUAAGGUCUAAGUUAACGUGAGUGUUGAGUUAACAUGAGUGUUGAGUUAACGUCAGGGUUGAGUUAACGUCAGUGUUGAGUUAACGUAAGGUCUGAGUUAACGUAAGGUCUGAGUUAACUUUCGAUUUAAAGCUUUCGUGACUGCAGGGAUUCAUCUUCCUGGUUCUUUCGGUAAAGUCACGUAGAA